GUCACAGCUGAGCCCCUCUCUACCGCGGCCGCCGGCCCAGGGGCCGGUCUGACCAGUUUACCAGCACGGGUCCUGGUCCUGAUGGGUGACAGGGUGGCAUAAUGGGCAGCGGCACGUGUGGCUGACCAGCUGCCUCUCCCUGGACACGGUCUGUGCAUAUGCCUUUGAAGCACUAACACUUCUUAAGAUUAUUGGUACAGCAGCUGGAACACGGAGUACAGGGGAGCAAGAGGAUCUUUACAGACUCUCCUUUGCCCUGUGUGCUUGUCAGGUACCUGUUAAAUCCAGCCUCAGGUUGAGACUCUGUAGCCUGGUGAAGGUGGUGUCCAGAGGGGAGUCUCCCCUGAGCAGACUCAUUUUUUAUCAUAAGCUACAGAUGGCCCUGUGGGUGUGUGACCUUUGACUGGUCCCUGUGCCCAGGCAAAUUCCUCUUUGACUAAUCAUCGUCAGUAAUUCUUCCCUUAGGCUCACUUCCUGUCCUGAACUGUUUGUAAAUCUGCCCUGCUGUGUCACUGGGGAUGAGAUGUACAGGAGCAGAGGAAGUGAUGCCUACCCAGGAAUUGGGUACCUGGCUUCCUCAAGUGCUCUUGGGUGCCCCUGAAAUGAGAGACGUGAUAAGAUCUUUGUCACGAGGAAGGGUUUUCUGUCACUCCUUUCCUGUACUUGAGACCUGAUUGCAGCAUCCUGUGCCAUAGGUGUGGUUCUGGAUGAGUCUGCUCCAUCUGAGGUGUGUGUGGUAUGAAAAUACAGGAUGAAUGACAGCAGGAGGUGAUUCCCAAGGCUGUGACAGUGACAGGCAAUAGCUAGAAUGUCAGUCUCAGCAAGGGUGAGACUCAGACUCAGUCUUGCUGUGUCUUGGGAGCUGCUCUGAAUGGUGUGACCUCAGCCCAAGUCCUGCCUUCCAGGUUUCAGAGUGCACUGUCUCUGGCCUCCUGCCACGUUCUCUGCGUUGACACCUCUCCAGUCUGCUGACUUCAGUUGCUCUCCUCCACUGCUGCUGGUGGCAUGUGAGUGCCACAUCUGCCAAGAAGCCAACUUGCUGUUUGAAAGCGUUCCAGGGACACAAGCUUCAUUCGUGUCUGUAAUGACCCUUCAGCGUGAGUGCAUGCCAGAGGCCUCCAGAAUUAAACUUGUUGCAGGCGUCAUGCAAGGACCCGUACUGGUGCGCAUGUCCUCGUGGGGAGAACAAUAAUAGCUCCACAUACGGUCGGCUCCUGUGAGUGCCAACUCCCUCGAUCUCCUCCAAUGCAGGCUCAGGGAUGGACUCCACCUUGUCCCUCUGAAGAGACUCUGCAUGCUCUCAGCAGCCAGGAGGGGAUUCUGCUGCCAGAUUCUCCACAAGCUGCCCCACGGCAGGACUUGCUUAGUGGCAGCCUGGGAGGGGAUCCGUUCCUGCAGUCGUGUUGCUGCCGUGCCCAGCACCUGCCUGUGGACAAACCAGCGUGUGUGCACUGUCUGCUCUGAGCUCUUUGGCCUGCACUGUCCGAACUCACCUGAGCUCCUGGCGGACUCCUGGCUUGUUUUCCCAAGUGCUCUCGCUGAUCCUGUGGCAUUCCUUCUCAGUCCCAAAAGGAUGUGAACUUUGGAAUGGGGUCUCUGAACACGCUGCAGACUCGGUGCAUGUGUGAGGCUGUUGCUGAGUAACAGGAGGACUGAUUCAUUGCUGCGAGCAGCCCUUCUGUCUGGCUGCAGGGCACCAGCCUUGCUUGGGCCCUUCACCAUGUUCAUCCUGCUCCCCUUUGACAGCCUAGUGGUUAAUCUUUUGGGGAUUUCCAUAACUGUCCUCUUCACUCUUCUUCUGGUUUUCAUCAUUGUACCAGCAAUUUUUGGAGUCUCCUUUGGCAUCCGCAAGGUUUACAUGAAAACUUUAUUAAAGAUUUUUCAGUGGGCAACACUGAGAAUAGAGCGUGGUGCCAAGGAGAAGAACCAUCUGUUGUACAAGCCCUAUGUCAAUGGUAUCAUUGCAAAGGAGCCAACAUCACUGGAGGAGGAGAUCAAGGAGAUCCGCCGGAGCGGCAGUGGCAAAGCCCUGGACACCCCUGAGUUUGAGCUCUCAGAUAUCUUCUAUUUCUGCCGCAAAGGCAUCGAGACCAUCAUGGAUGAUGAAGUGACCAAGAGGUUCUCAGCUGAAGAGCUGGAGUCCUGGAAUUUGCUCAGCAGGACCAACUACAACUUCCAGUAUAUCAGCCUGCGCCUCACUGUGCUCUGGGGACUUGGUGUGCUCAUCCGCUACUGCUUCCUUCUGCCCCUCAGGAUAGCCCUGGCAUUUACUGGCAUCAGCUUGUUGGUGACUGGUACCACAGUGGUGGGAUAUUUGCCAAAUGGAAGGUGUAAAGAUUUCCUGAGCAAACACGUCCACCUGAUGUGUUACCGGAUCUGCGUGCGUGCCCUCACAGCCAUCAUCACCUACCAUGACCGAGAAAACAGACCUCGGAAUGGAGGCAUCUGUGUGGCCAAUCACACCUCCCCCAUUGAUGUGAUCGUCCUGGCCAGUGAUGGCUACUAUGCGAUGGUCGGUCAGAUCCAUGGAGGGCUCAUGGGUGUGAUACAGAGAGCCAUGGUGAAAGCUUGUCCCCAUGUCUGGUUCGAACGUUCUGAGGUUAAAGAUCGUCACCUCGUCGCCAGAAGGUGUGACAGUCGCUGGCUGCAGGGGCUCACAGAACAUGUCCAGGACAAAAGCAAACUGCCCAUUCUUAUUUUUCCAGAAGGAACAUGCAUCAACAACACAUCUGUGAUGAUGUUCAAAAAGGGGAGCUUUGAAAUUGGAGCCACAGUUUACCCUGUAGCCAUCAAGUAUGACCCACAGUUUGGAGACGCUUUUUGGAACAGCAGCAAAUACGGCAUGGUGACCUACCUCCUCAGAAUGAUGACCAGCUGGGCCAUUGUCUGCAGUGUCUGGUACUUGCCCCCAAUGACCAGGCAGCCUGAAGAGGAUGCAGUGCAGUUUGCCAAUCGAGUGAAGUCAGCCAUUGCCAGGCAGGGGGGCCUUGUGGAUCUGCUUUGGGACGGAGGACUGAAAAGGGAGAAGGUGAAAGACGCCUUCAAGGAGGAGCAACAGAAACUCUACAGCAAAAUGAUUGUAGGCAGCCAUGAAGACCGGAGCCGCUCCUGAGUUUGCUGCCUCCAGCACCGACUGGGGCUGGCCAAAGCCAAAGCCCCCUGCCUCCAGCACCAACCAGGACUUGUCUGGAGCAACUCUGAAUCUUUGGACUUGGGCUACUCCAGAGCUGCUAGGACUUGCUCUUUCAUCCUCUGGCUGUUUUUUCCCAGAGGCACUAUUGCUGCCUGGAGUCUUUAGGCCUUUGGCAGCUUUGGCAAAGAUGCCUUCUUGUUACUGUUACAGUGAAGCUCCUUGCAGGGGCAGUAUUAAAUGAAACUCUUAUGGUGUCA